AUGGCUGUCUCACCUCAAGAUUGUCGACCCAUCGUUAUCUCCGGCCCUUCAGGCGUCGGCAAAGGGACACUGAUUCAAAAGCUAUUUGACACACACCCUGGCACAUUUGGAUUCACCGUAUCCCAUACAACGCGAAAACCGCGACCAGGCGAAGUUGAGGGCGUCGCUUACUUCUUCGUCUCACCCUCUGAGUUCUCCUCGCUCUGCUCCCAAGGUGCUCUCGUGGAGCACGCAUGUUUUAGUGGCAACUACUAUGGCACGAGCAAGCAGACCAUUGAUGACCAGGCUAGCAAAGGCUUGGUUGUAGUGUUGGACAUUGAGAUGCAGGGCGUCAAGCAGAUGAAGGCAAAUCCCAGCAUCGAUGCACGAUAUGUCUUUAUUAGACCGCCGAGCUUCGAAGCACUUCGGGCGCCGCGGAACUGA